GUGAUUUUCACGCUCCUUCGGCACUUGAAAAAUUUCUUGCGAGAGAGAGAGAGAGAGAGAGAGAGAGAAUGGGCGACACAGAAACUCUGGUAGCGGCGGCGCUCCGAGUACUGAACACGGCCGACCCAGUUGACAAGGCCCGACUCGGUGACGAAGUGGCCACGAAAUGGCAACAAGGUCUCAUCACCGUACCCUACGACCCUUCCCUAGACUUCUCCGUACCAGAUCGCCCCUCCAGGCUCUCCAAUGUGAAGCUGGUGCCACCCAGUCUUAUGCCCAAGCUUGGGAAAGCGGGUAGCUUGCAGAGCAGACAAGCCAUUGUGCACAGUCUUGCGCAUACUGAGAGCUGGGCAAUUGACUUGUCUUGGGAUAUAAUUGCGCGUUUCGGAAAGCAGGAGGCAAUGCCAAUAGAAUUCUUCACUGAUUUCGUAAAAGUUGCUCAAGAUGAAGGUCGACACUUUUGCCUCCUUGUAGCACGACUUGAAGAGCUUGGUUCCUUCUAUGGAGCAUUGCCAGCUCAUGAUGGUCUAUGGGACUCCGCUACUGCCACUUCUAAGGACCUGCUAGCACGGUUGGCAGUUGAACAUUGCGUUCAUGAGGCUAGAGGGCUCGACGUGUUGCCCACAACAAUUUCACGUUUCCGCAACGGAGGUGAUAACCAAACUGCUGAUUUGCUGGAGAAUGUAAUCUACCCAGAAGAGAUUACCCAUUGUGCUGCUGGAGUAAAAUGGUUCAGGCACAUUUGUUUGAGGUCUAGAUGUCUAGUUUCAGCCCCUCAAGAAGUCGGAGCUGGUGAAAACAAUUCCAUGAUGGAGGAGACCGAUGAGGUGAUUCACAGAUUUCAUGCAAUAGUGAGAACGUACUUCAGGGGCCCACUGAAGCCUCCUUUUAAUGAAGCAGCUAGAAAGGCUGCUGGAUUUGGCUCUGAAUGGUACGAACCUCUUGCAACAAAAGAGGUCAACCCAGAAUGAUGCUUUUUUUUUGUUUGUUCUAGAUGUAGGAAGAGCAGCAUAGUUUGAUUGAUGAUAAAGAGAUUGUUUCAUAUGUUUUACUCUGCUGUAAUAAGGCAAAGACAUUUCUUCAUUUUGAAGUAAGUUUUUAAUGUCAUCACAUAUUGAUAACAUCAUCAAA